AUGGCCGAGGCAACGCUUCACAACGCCCCCAUUGUCAUCGACAAUGGCAGCGGCACAAUUCGCGCCGGUUUCGCCGGAGAAGAGAUCCCCUCAUGUUUCUUCCCCUCGUUCGUCGGGCGGCCAAAACACCCCCGGGUGAUGGCUGGCGGUCUAGAGGGCGACGUGUUUAUCGGGCAACGAGCACAGGAAUUGCGCGGGCUGCUCAAGAUCCGAUACCCCCUGGAACACGGCAUCGUGACGGACUGGGACGACAUGGAGAAAAUCUGGCACUACGUGUACGAGAACGAGCUGAAGACGCUACCGGAGGAACACCCCGUGCUCCUGACGGAGCCGCCGCUCAACCCGCGCAAGAACCGCGAUGUCGCUGCCCAGAUCAUGUUCGAGACGUUUAAUGUGCCGGCGCUGUAUACGUCCAUCCAGGCGGUGCUGUCGCUGUACGCGUCCGGGCGCACGACGGGCGUGGUGCUGGACUCAGGGGACGGGGUGUCCCAUGCGGUACCUGUGUUUGAGGGUUUCGCGAUUCCCAAUAGUAUACGGCGGAUUGAUGUUGCGGGGCGAGAUGUUACGGAGCAAUUGCAGCUGCUGCUGCGGAAGAACGGGCAUGUGCUGCAUACGAGUGCGGAGAAGGAGGUGGUGCGGAUGAUCAAGGAGAAGGUCUGCUACGUGUCGUUGGAUCCGAAGCGGGAAGAGAAGGACUGGAUGAACAGUUAUCACAAGUCGGAGGCCAAAGCCGUCGACUACGUAUUGCCUGAUGGGCACAAGAUCAAGAUCGGACAAGAGCGCUACAGAGCCCCCGAGAUCCUAUUCGAGCCCGAGCUCAUCGGCCUGGAAUACCCUGGCGUUCAUCAGAUCGUCCAAGACGCCAUCACCCGCACAGAUCUCGAUCUCCGGAAAUCUCUGUAUCUCAACAUCGUCCUCUCAGGCGGCUCAACACUGUGCAAGAACUUCCCGGACAGACUAAUGCGCGAGAUCAAGAGAUUGGCCGUGGAGGACAUGAAGAUCCGCAUCUCUGCUCCGGCAGAACGGAAAUACACCACCUGGAUCGGCGGUGGUAUCCUCGCCGGGCUCAGCACAUUCCGAAAGAUGUGGGUAAGCGCAGACGAAUGGCACGAAGACCCGGAGAUCAUCCACAGGAAAUUCGCCUAA